UUAUAUAAAAAUAAGUCCGGUUUUCCUCCCUGACGCUAUAACUCCAGAACGCACGAACCGAUUUCCACGGUUUUGCAUUCGUUGGAAAGGUCUUGGGCUCCGUGAGGUUUAUAGCAAAGAAAAUUCUGGAAAAUUCAGGAAAAAUUCAACAGAAAAGUGGGGAAAUCGUUUUUCACAUACAGCGCCAUCUAUUAUACAUAGCAUGUACUUCAAACCAAUAGCAACGGUGCGUGAUAAAGUGUGUGACAGAUAUCAUUAUUCUCUGUUCAGUUAAUUUCAUUUAUUGUAAAUUAUAUGGAUCGUGCAUUUGAAGUUAAAUUCAACACUAUGUCCAUAGUCCAAAAUGCCUAGAGAACGACGUGCGAACAUCGGCCGCCGCACAAGACAUGCAAGCCAGCAACAAGUCUAUUCAAGGAACUUAAGAGAAGAAAGACAAAAUAUAAUAAGAGAAAAUGACCGAUUGAGACAUCGCGUGAGCACACGAAGAUCAUUGGCAUCAUACAAUCGCUUGGCAUUCCAAUAUGAUCCCACUGCGAACUACAGUGAUGAUGAAAAUUUGGAUAUUGGACGAAUGACGACUAUAUGCCGAUAUUGCAAUGCGGUAAAGUUCAAAAGAGAAACGGUUGGAUUGUGCUGCGCAAGUGGAAAAGUCAAACUGGAUCCAUUACUUACACCACCACAGCCACUGAAAACAUUGUUUGAUGGAAGUGAUCCCGAUUCCAGCCAUUUUCUUCAACACAUCCUUGAAUACAAUAACUGCUUUCGCAUGACUUCCUUUGGAGCUAAUAUCAUUCGAGAAGGCGGCUUCAUGCCGACUUGCAAGAUACAAGGUCAAAUAUAUCAUUUGCAUGGUUCAAUGGUGCCAACACCAGAUGAACCGCAUCAAUUUCUGCAAAUAUAUUUCAUUUCGUCGAUGGUGGAUCAGCUGAACGUGCGGUGCAAUAUACAGGGAGCACAACAGUUAAAGAGACGAAUUAUUGAACAGUUGCAAGCAUUUUUUCACGCUAAUAAUGCUGUGGUUAAUAUGUUCAAAACAGCAUUGGAACGAAUGCCAUCGGAUACGCACAAAUUUGUCAUAAGAGCGGAUUGUACUCCGACAGGUGAACAUGUGCGAAGAUUCAAUGCACCCACCGUUAAUGAUGUUGCUGCAAUUAUUGUUGGCGAUCCAACUAAAUCACGAGACAUUGUCGUUCAGCGAAGAAGCAAUAUCAUGCAUCGUGUAAACGAGACACAUCGUUUGUACGAUGCGUUACAAUAUCCAAUCAUUUAUUGGCAAGGGCAAGACGGAUACGACAUCACGUUGAAGAUGGUCGAUCCAAUUACAGGAGUAUCAACGAAUAAUAAAAAUCUAAGCGCAAUGAAUUACUAUGCGUAUCGUAUGAUGAUUCGUACACAUGAGGAGAAUGUCAUUCUGAAGUGCGGUCGGCUAUUCCAGCAAUUCGCUGUUGACAUGUAUGUCAAAGUCGAGACCGAACGUUUAGCGUUCAUCAGAUUCAAUCAGCCAAAGCUACGAUCUGAGGACUAUAUACACUUGCGUGAUGCUAUUCAUUCAGAUGGUGAUGUUCAGAAUAUUGGACGACUGACGAUUCUCCCAUCAACUUAUAUCGGAAGCCCACGCCACAUGCACGAAUACGCUCAAGACGCUAUGACGUACGUGCGAAAUUAUGGAACUCCGGAUUUAUUUAUUACGGUCACAUGCAAUCCGAAGUGGACGGAAAUUGAACGCGAGUUGGAACCGGGUCAAAAACCGCAAGAUCGCCAUGACAUAAUCGCCAGAGUAUUUCAGCAAAAACUCAAGGUUAUGAUGGAUGUGCUUACUAAAUAUCGAGUUUUUGGUGACACACGUUGUUAUAUGUACUCGGUGGAAUGGCAGAAGCGUGGACUACCGCAUGCUCAUAUCCUAAUUUGGUUGCUGAACAAAUUACAUUCAAAUGAAGUGGAUGACAUCAUAUCAGCUGAAAUUCCUGAUCCAGUCACUGAUCCCCGUCUACACGACAUUGUGACGACACAGAUGGUGCAUGGACCGUGCGGUGCAUUAAAUCCAUUAUCGCCUUGCAUGGCUGAUGGAAAGUGCACAAAACGAUAUCCGCGACCGUUAGUUGCUGAAACAGUCACAGGGAACGAUGGAUAUCCAGUUUAUCGUCGGCGUUCAAAAGAAGAUAACGGUCGAACUAUUAAAGUUAAAGUUCAAAAUCAAGAGAUUGAGAUCGGAAAUGAAUUCAUUGUACCAUAUUGCCCGCUGCUAUCACGAAUUUUCGAAACACAUGCAAACGUUGAGAGUUGUCAUUCGGCCAAAUCAAUCAAAUAUUUGUGCAAGUACGUCACAAAAGGCAGCGACAUGGCUGUGUUUGGUAUUGCGUCGGAAAAUGUGAAUGACGAAAUCAGCAACUUCCAAAUGGGCAGAUACGUCAGUACUAAUGAAGCACUGUGGCGAUUAUUGUCAUUUCAAAUUCAUGAAAGAUAUCCCACAGUUGUACAUUUAGCAGUGCAUUUGGAAAAUGCCAAAGAGUUUACUUCACUGAGGCUAAUGCGGCACAACGAGCUGAGAGACCACCAUCGACAACAUUGA